AUGUUUACUGGAGAUAAAUUUAGUCAUUCAUGUAAUUCACAUGUUGUGGAAGAAGUUUUGGGAAAACCAGUAUGUGAAGAAUCAACCAUUGAAAAAGAAAUUCCAUCUACUGUUCAGCGAUUUGGUUAUGGAUUUCUUGCUGUAUUUAUCAUAUCUAUUAUGUCACUUGGUGGUUUAUUAGUUUUUCCAAUUAUUUACCGAGUUGCUUUUCAAUAUAUACUUGCAACAUUUACUGCUCUAGCUGUUGGAACACUCUUUGGUGAUACGAUGUUUCAUUUAAUUCCAUUUACAAUGGGUCUUCAUAGUCAUGCAUCGGAUGGACAUGGACACGUACAUGAAGCCGAAAAUAAUUCAUUAGUUUCUAUUCCUGUUUAUCAAUGGAGAAUGUUCAUUACUGUGAUUGUUCUAUAUGGAUUUUAUUUACUCGAAGUAAUCCUUCAUUGGAUUAGUCAUUUUCGACAGAAUGAAAAUUCUGCUCAUUCUCAUGCUCAUGGUCAUAGUCAUACAAUGCAACUUCAAGAAAAGACUAAAACUGAUCAAAUAAAUAUUCAUGCAACAGUAAAUAUCGAUGAAAAUUUAGCACAUGAUCACCAUUCACAUAAUCAUAUUCAUCAUCAUAACUAUAAUGAAAGAGAUCCAACAUUGGCAUGUGUUACUAGAAAUUGUUCUCAUCAUGAUGAUAUGCAACAAGUAUCAGCAUCACAAGAAAAAGUCAAUACUAAUGAAAAUAAGUCAGAUUCUCAAAAUUCAUGCAAAAUUACACGAGUUACUGGUUGGAUGAUAAUUCUCGGUGAUGGUAUUCAUAAUUUUGCCGAUGGUUUAGCCAUUGGAGCUGCUUUCAGUGAACGUCUUAUGUUAGGUCUUACAACAACAAUUGCAAUAGGUUGUCAUGAAUUACCUCAUGAAUUUGGAGAUUAUGCAGUAUUGAUUCAAUCAGGUUUUUCUCAUAAUCGAGCAAUAUUUUGGAAUUUUAUUUCGGCAACUACUGCUUUGAUUGGUUUUUUGGUUGGUGCAGCUGUAUCGACGAAUGAAAGUGUUCGUCAAUGGAUAUUUGCUGUAACAAUUGGCAUGUUUCUUUAUAUUGCAUUAGUCGAUCUUUUACCUACGUUAAUAUCUGAUCGAAAUAUUGAAUUCAAACGUUUUAUUUGUGUAAAUAUUGGAUUUUUAUUUGGUGUUACAAUUAUGUUUUUAUUGGCGGUAUUCGAAGAUAAAAUAGUUCAAUUAGGAUGA